AUGACCAAAAUUUCAAGAAAAAGACCAAUAAGCAGUUGUAAAUACUGCUACAAACAUAAAGUCAAAUGUGAUCGUGGGAACCCGUGUGGAAACUGCAUAAGAUUGAAUAACUCUUCAUGUGAAUACAAUUUCCAGAGUUUUUUACACCAUGACCUGAAAAAUCAAAAGUCAACAGAAAAGCGCAACAGCUCUAUAGUAACUUAUCCAUCGAAUGCUUUGUUUCCUCAUUUAGGUUCGAUGAUGAGAAAAUUCAUCAUGAAUUCGAUAAGCAAUAAGACAGCUUCAUGUAUUGGUUUUUUUGACUUCUCGAAGGAAGCGGACUCGGAGUACUUCAGAGUUCACAUUCAUGAGCUUUUACCUGAAAAGAAAACACUCACUAAGUGCUUUAGUAUGUACUGGAACUGUAUUCAUCCUUUGCUUCCCAUAUUGGACGAAUCUGCAAUUUGCAAAAAGUUUGAAUCUUUUUUAAAGGAAAACAAUUUAGCUGAGAAAGAGGAGGUUUACGAACCUCAGUUUCUGAUAGUUAUCUUUGCCGUUUUAUUCUCAACAACAAUUCAGCUUGAACUUAUAAUAUCAGAUUCAGAAAAAAGGAAAGAAUUGCAAUGCCAGAAAGACAAGUGUUAUGUGGGCUUCAAACGUCUACUUGCACUGCUGAAUUUCCCAAAUGUCCCUUCUUUUGAGUGUGUCUCAUCAUCUUUAAUUGUUUACGAGGUUGGUACCUUUUGUUAUCGACAAAUUGCAUUUGAAAUUUGUGUACUUUGCAAAACUUUGUGCUCUAUGGGAAUUCACCUUGCUACCAACAACAAUAAGGCGACAAUGCAAGGAAUAACUUUGAGAAAACAAGUCAUGUGGCAUACUGCUCAUAAAAUUGAAACAAUGUCUACAAUUUGGUGUGGCUCCUUACCAAAUGCAAACCUCCAUGUCGAUAUAGUUGGUUUUCCCAACGCUUCAGGGUCCGGCGCACAAUCCAGUUUAUCAGUCAAGACCGUAAACCCGUUCAUUGCUUCUCAGAAUUUGAUUUACAAGGUUUUACCAUAUUUUAGUGACUUGACAAUAUUUUUAAACGUAGACACAGAAAGUGAUUAUUAUCGCUCAUUUGAUUUCACUAUUUUUGAAAGAAAACUCUUUUCUUUAUGUCAACACUUCCGUGAUGUCCAAGAUGAAAUUGUGAGAUGUGAUACCACAAAGUUUGAAAAGAAAACAAAUAGAUGGCUUAUUGCAAAUUCCAGAAAUAUGCUGUACCGACUUUAUUUCUUAUACUAUGUUUGUUUAGAAGAUAAAACUACACGAUCUAGGUCUUCCUCUGUCCUUCAAAAUAGUAAAGAAAUUGAAAACAUCAAAAACAAACUUUAUAAAGCAGACGAAAAUCUGUACACUAAUUUCUUGAAAAUGCGUAAGCCCUACGAUGGUAAACUUGUUGAAAUUUACUUGGUUAUUCUGGUAAAGGAUAUUUACAACCAACCUCAUAAAAGAUACACUUUCGAAGACUUAAAUGAAAGUGUACAGUUGUUAGUUGAAGAAAAGAUCUUCUCAGCCGAUGGUGAUUUGCGAGUGUGGUUAGUUAGUGAAGUCUUAAAACGACUUGACUCAUUCAAAAAGUUCUGGCCUGAAUCUUCCUAUGUGAUAUAUGACUUUCUUGUCAACUUAUGGAAUUUUGUGGAAUCACCAAGGCAAACACUAUCAGAUGAGACCUUUGAACUUCUGCUAAAUAGUUCUUCUUUGAAGGAAGCAAACGGAAGUCCACUAUCAAGCAUAAUUGAUUACUUGCCAUUCGAGUUUGCAAAUAACAGUGUCGAGGAAUAUUACCACUAUUUUGAUUUUCCAACGGAUUUUUAA